AUUUUCCUCACUUCCCCCACAAUACACACAGUUCUCUGUGUCUUGAAAAUCCGCCAUGACAACGCCUCCUCCUCCUCGUGAGCGCUGUCCGAAACCCUAACGAAUCCUAAAAGCCCACGAAGCCUUCCAUGCCCUAAACUCGAACUCGUUGUCCCUUUAACGAAAUGGGCUCUCUUAUCCCCUUCCAAGACCUCAAUGUGCUCCCAGACCCACCCACCACCACGGCUGCGAUGCUAACCCCCAAAAUCGAGCCGAAGCUGGAACCGUUGGACGAGCCGCUUGAGAAUCUCCAACCAACGCCGCAACAGCAGCAACUACAACAAACUCCUCAGGGCUCCUUCUUUUCCAGCUCUACCCCUGAAAAUUACGCGAAUUCCGAACAUACCCCUCAACCGUCGGGCAUUUCCUCUUCCGAGGACAACGUGUACUCCGAAUUCUUCCGCGUUUCUGAGCUCUUCCGCUCCGCCUUCGCGAAGCGCUUACAGAGCUACGGCGAUGUUAUAGACCCCGAUUCACGCGCAAUCGUCCCGGUCCCACAAGAUAGUAACGCCCUCGACAGCAUCAACCACAACAGCAGCGACCAGGUCUCAACCGUCGUCGUUUCGCGGAGGAGGUCCCAGCACCAGCGCUCGGGGGAGCUGGUGCGCGUGACCGAUCUCGGCAUGGAGGACCAGCGGUACUUCCGCGACGUCGUUCGGCGGACGCGCAUGAUCUACGACUCGCUGCGCGUGUUCUCCAUGAUGGAGGACGAGAAGCGCCGGCUCGGAGAUCCGGGCCUCAACCGGCGGCUCCGCGGCGAUCUCCGGGCCGCCUCCGUCAUGCGCGACCGCGGCCUUUGGCUCAACCGCGACAAGCGCAUCGUCGGCUCCAUCCCGGGGGUCUACAUCGGCGAUCUCUUCUUCUUCCGGAUGGAGCUCUGCGUUGUCGGCUUGCACGGCCAGGCACAAGCGGGAAUCGACUACGUCCCCGCCAGCCAGAGCUCCAACGGCGAGCCUAUUGCCACCAGUAUCAUCGUCUCCGGAGGGUACGAGGACGACGAGGAUGCCGGGGACGUGAUCAUCUACACUGGCCACGGCGGGCAGGACAAGUUCUCGAAGCAAUGCGUGCACCAGAAGCUGGAAGGUGGGAAUUUGGCGUUGGAGAGAAGCAUGCAUUACGGGAUUGAAGUGAGGGUUAUCAGAGGGAUCAAAUACGAGGGCGGCGUGACGAGUAAGGUCUAUGUUUACGAUGGCUUGUAUAGAAUUUUCGAUUGUUGGUUCGAUGUGGGCAAGUCUGGUUUUGGGGUUUACAAGUACAAGAUAAUGAGAAUAGAUGGGCAGGCGGAGAUGGGUAGCGCCGUUAUGAGGUUUGCUCAGAGUCUUAGGACUAGUCCCUUGGCGGCGAGGCCAGUGGGUUAUCUUAGCCUCGAUAUCUCGAUGAAGAAGGAGAAUGUGCCGGUGUUGCUCUUCAAUGACAUUGAUGCUGAUCAGGAACCCAUGUAUUAUGACUAUCUUGUGAAGACGGUGUUUCCGCCAUUUGCGUUUCACCAGACGGGGAACGGUACGGGGUGUGAUUGCGUUUCGGGUUGUGUGGAUGAUUGCUUUUGUUCUAUGAAGAAUGGGGGAGAGUUUGCAUAUGAUCACAAUGGGAUUCUUGUGAGAGGGAAGCCUCUGGUUUUUGAAUGUGGACCCUUUUGUAGGUGCCCUCCUACUUGCCGGAAUCGUGUAACCCAGAGAGGGUUGAGAAAUAGGUUGGAAGUGUUUAGGUCGAGGGAGACGGGUUGGGGUGUUCGGUCCUUGGAUUUGAUACAAGCUGGUGCUUUUAUAUGUGAAUAUGCGGGGGUUGUUCUGACGAGGGAUCAAGCCCAAAUUUUGUCCAUGAAUGGUGAUACGUUGAUCUAUCCCAAUCGGUUUUCGAGUAGAUGGGCAGAAUGGGGGGAUUUAUCUCAGAUAUUCACUGAUUAUGUGCGUCCCUCCUAUCCCUUAGUUCCUCCGUUGGAUUUUGCAAUGGAUGUGUCAAGAAUGAGGAACGUUGCUUGUUAUAUAAGCCAUAGUACAACUCCGAAUGUGUUGGUGCAGUUUGUGCUAUAUGAUCACAAUAACUUGAUGUUCCCUCACCUUAUGCUGUUUGCAAUGGAGAAUAUCCCUCCUAUGAGGGAGCUCAGCCUUGAUUACGGCGUGGCUGAUGAAUGGACAGGGAAGCUGUCUAUCUGUAACUGAAGAUUUUUGAAGAGUUGAUGCAUUUUUUGAAUGUGGUGUAGCACAGAGUCUGGGGGACAUGAUGCACUGAGACGGGGAACGACUGUACAUUUACAAAGUUAUGUCGCCUCCCUUCCUAAAUUUUCUGCUCCUCAUCUUUUUGCUCAGAUGUAGAUGCUGCAAAUGAACUGUUGAUCAGGCUUUCACUUGAUAUCUCACUGCUAUGAGGACAACGUCUUUCUGCAAGCUAUUCCUCUGGGACUGGUUGCCACGGUGUUUUGUAACCUUGUAUGCUUGACUGUAUGAAUCUUUUGUACUUUUUAACUUGUAUAUAUAAAGUGCAAAAUCGGAUAAAGCUUGUAUAGAAAUUGUAUCA